CCAACAUAUGUUAAACACUGGACGAACGUCCGAUAUUAUUUUGGGCGAAUUUUGGCGAAUUUUUAGUGUCUGAUCUUGUUCGCCGACGAAGGAAGUGCACGAAUCCCUAGUAGCACGCCUUCCAAGCAGCCACUUCGGUACUGCCAAAACUGGAAAUGAGGAUCAACAACAAGAGCUCUCCUGCGAAAGGCAAGGCUACAGACCUGGAGCGCAUCCGCAACAACCAGCGUCGCUGUCGCGCGCGACAAAAAGAAUACAUCGCAACCCUCGAAGACAAGAUCCGUCAAUACGAAGGCAUGAACAUUGAAUCUACAACUAAACAGAAGCUCGACGAUCUUGCUACAGAAAACAGGUCAUUGAAGCGGCUCCUGCAAUUUCUGGGAUUGCGUGAUGAGUUUCUCGACGCAUACAGUAAUGCUGUUCGAAUUGCUCCGGACAUCUCGUGGCCGCUGCUGGGAGAUGACCGCUUUGCUGUAUCCAAAGACUGUCCAGCUCCCAAUCCUUCACUGGACACACUGGAGCCGCACUUGCCCCUUAUUGCAAUCCACGAAGAGCAGUCUCAACAUACAGCUGGCCAAUUUGCAGAUGUUCCAAACUCGAAACGAGCAUCCCUCGACUUGUCGCAAAUCAAUGUACCUCUACCAUGGGAGCUUUCCGACUUUCCUGCUAGCUCCGCCUCUUCCCACAUGGAGCAAUUUGGUCAGUUGACUCUGGAUGCUUUGAUGACAGAAGCAUUUAGCAACGCAGUCACUGUAGAAGAUGUAUCAGACACGACGACGCUCUGUUCAUGGGCUUUUUCGCUUGUUCUGAAGAGCAAUCUGAAAGGCUACAGCGUUGCAGAUUUGGAUCUCAAGCUUCGCGCUGGAUACAGACAUGGUUUCACACCAACUGAGGGUUGCCGGAUCGACAACAAAGUCUUACUGAAUGUUCUUGCGGAACUCAUGUAGACCUCGGCGCUUACCAGCUCGUACGUGACUUGGGACGAUCCACGAUUUCAGUCACGACGAUCGAUGCUCAAACUAUUUGUGAAGCUGUGCGCUAUACUUUUACGCUGCGUAUAAUACAAAUUCAAUUAUCUGAAAUCCUAAGGGGAAGUUUUAGGGUGACUUGGAAGUGAAUUUAAUCGAAGGUUGCAUUACAAUUUGGUUGAUACGUGACUUGCACUGC